AUGUCUGAACGGAACCGAAGGAAGAGAUUGAACAAUCAGUUAUUCACCUUGAGAGGCCUUGUCCCUUGUAUUACCAAGAUGGAUAAGAGAUCUGUCCUUGUUGAUGCUCUAGCUUAUCUUCAAGAUAUACUUAACCAGACACAAAAGGAAAUUGAAGCUGGAGUUACCGAAGAUCCUGGGCAUGCCAUUAUAGACUCUGCUGCUAUGUCACCCGAUUCACUCACAGAAAAUGUGGAAAUCGACCAUCCUCCUUGUCACCAUCUAGGAGUGGUAUUAGAGAAGAGCGUGAUCAAUGCCGAUGUUGAAGGUCAACCCCAGCCAAUAAUGUCGACAGCACUUGAACCAAAAACAACACCAUACAGUGCAGUUUUUCCUGCUAUCACUAAGAUGGAAGCUGAGAAAGUAGACGAGGAGAUAUAUAUGCUGAAGAUCGUAUACAACAAAGCACUGGGAGCUAUGAGUCAAGUUCAAAGAUCCGUAGAAAUGCUGAAAGGGUUUGAUUUUAUUAAUGUUUCCGUAUCUGAAUAUGACCAACAUCACAUGCAGUCUUCCAGCUUUUUACGCGUUAAGAAAAUAAAAGGAUCACUACUGGUUACCGACGAAGAAAAUCUCAUCGAAAGGGUGAAAGUAAUGGCCAAACAGCUGGGUCUUAAUCUUCCUUCAGCCGACGACUAAUAUGAUUAAAAUUUCUAUACAUAAAUGAUCAAAUAAUGGUGUGAUUAUCAGAUAUCUGCCGAUGCAGUUCAUCAUCACUUGAGGUCGAAAAGCAUUAUUGGUUAAUAAAAUUUGAUGUCUUAUACGGCAACUUUUGUCUUUCUCUUGAGGUCGAAAAGUCAUGUGCGUCGGAAAGAAUUGUUAUUGGUUAAUGAAAUUUGGUC